UUCCUCCUUCUUCUAGGGUUUUAGAAUUUUGAGGUUCCUCUUUGAAUCUAAACUAAAACCCUAAAAUCCUCUGUGUAUCUAAGCAUUGCAGAUUAAGGCACAGAGAAGCACAAAGUACAAUCAGAGGUAUCAAUUCCACAAUUUGCUCUCUGGGUUUUCUGUAUUACUUCAAUUCUACUCUGUUGAGUUAUAAAAAUCACCAAAAAGAAACUAUCUUUUGCUGAGGAAUUGUUCAUUAAUGUGAUAUUUCUAAUGUAAUUGUGUAGAAUAUGAAUCACCCUUGAGAGUUUCUUGGAAGAUAUUGUAUUUUGAAUUUGGUUCAGAAUCUUUUGUUGCUAACUUGAGAUGCUAGUAAUUCGGAAAGUCCGAAAAAGUGUAUCUUGUAAAAUGAUAUCUCACCUCAAUCACCUGUUUAGUACUCCUAUUUCUGAAAAGGGUUCCACUUCUCAUAGUCCCCAGAAAUUUUCGUCAUUGAAUAUUCGUUGUUUUCGUAGUUCACCUAAUGCUAAGAUUGAAGUCCCUGAAUUAUCAACUCAGACACCCAUUUCCCCUGCUGUCAAUAAAAUAUCACGGGUUGCAAGAACUGAUGGACAAGCAGUACUCUUUGAAUACUUGCAUUGUACAAGAGGUUUUAAUUAUGUAGAUGCUGAGCACAUUAGCAAGAACUCACCUUGUUUUCUUCAAAGUCUGUUGUCCAAGGUUGAUAAUGAUCAAGAUGUAACAAGGGCAUUAACCCGUUACUUCAGGUACCAUCCGAUUAAUGAGUUUGAGCCCUUUUUAGAGAGCUUGGGGUUGAAGCAAUCCGAGCUUACAUCUAUGCUUCCACGAGAUUUGAUAUUUUUGAGUGAUGAUCAUGUCUUGUUUGAUAAUUAUCAUGUUCUUUGUUAUUACGGCAUCCCUCGCACUAAAAUUGGGAAGAUUUAUAAGGAAGCGACUGAUGUAUUUGGAUAUGACCAUGGAGUAUUAGAUAUGAAAUUGAGGGCUUAUGAGAAACUGGGUUUGAGCAGAUCAACAGUUAUAAAGUUGGUGACUUGUUCCCCUACUCUUUUGGUUGGUGAGACGAACAGUGAACUUAUUCAGGUUCUUGAAAAACUGAAAAUUUUAGGGUUUGAAAAUGAUUGGAUGGGAGGAUAUUUAUCCAACAGGCACUCCUACAAUUGGGGUAGAAUGCUUAACACAUUGCAUUUUCUCAAUGAAGUAGGAUAUAGUGAUGAAAAGAUGGCGACUUUGUUUACGAUGAACCCUGCAUUCUUAUUUGAAGGCUCUGGGAAACAGAUUUAUGUAUUGGUUGGGCAAUUACUGAAGUUGGGUGUUAAAAUGAAUGACAUAUACUUACUUUUCUGUCAAAAUCCUAAUAUGCUAUCUCUGAAGUGUACUAAAAAUCUUUGGCAUGCAUUGUACUUCUUAUCGGAGAUAGGAUUAGAGACCGAAAUAAUUGCAAAUAUUGUAUCUACACAUAUACAACUUCUGGGUUCACAUUCUCUGAAGGGACCAAAGACUCUUUUGAGGGACUUCAAGGGUGACAAGUUUUGUUUAUGUCAGACUAUAAAGGAUGAUCCUUUGAAUUUGUUCAGAUUAGCUUCAAAAUCAAAAUUUGACGUGGAGCAAAUGACUUCCCAGGACCCGGGAAAAUUAUUUCAGAAAACUACUUUUUUAUUGAGAUUAGGUUAUGUAGAAAAUUCAGAUGAGAUGGCAAAAGCUUUGAAGCAGUUCCGCGGACGAGGAGACCAGUUGCAAGAGAGGUUUGAUUGCCUAGUAAACGCUGGUUUGGACUGCAAUGUUGUAAUUAAUAUGAUUAAACAGGCUCCCACGACACUGAACCAGAGCAAAAAUGUGCUUGAGAAGAAAAUUGUUCUACUGAAAACAUAUUUAGGUUAUCCGGUGGAAUCGAUUGUAUCAUUUCCAUCUUACCUCUGCUACGAUGUGGACAGAGUCCAUCUUCGGUUUUCAAUGUAUGCAUGGCUGAAGCAAAAGGGUGCUGCAAAACCAACAUUAUCAGUGAGCACUCUUCUUGCUUGUUCAGAUGCUCGCUUUGUAAAAUAUUUUGUUGACAUACAUCCAGAAGGUCCAGCAAUGUGGGAAAGUUUAAAAAGUUCACUUCAAUCCAGCUGAUUGACUUCAGUAUCAUUCUUGAUUAAUAAAGUUGCCAUAUUUCCCUUAUCUAGUUCUAAUUGAUUAUCCAAUUUUCUUAUUGUUGGUUUGUCUAGGUAUUUCUUUUUAAUCUUUAAUACGUCUCUUGUUAGGAGACACUCAUCACUCAAUGAUAUUUUGAAGUGUCAGAAGGGGUAUUGCUUGGGUUUUUUUUCUGCUUUCAUUCUGUUAACUAGUUGCUACUCCCAUUACAGCCCUUUCUCUUCAUGCUGGAUAUUUUGUUAGGGUCUUUCUGACAGGACAAGAAGGUACCAUGUACUGAUUGAGUGAUUUCAUAUAAAGAAGCUUGUGGUAAAAUCUGUAUGUUACAUAUCUUUAAGCUUGUAAAAUAAUAGAUCUGACGUAACACCCUAGCCAUCCUUCUGAUAAACCUUGGUGGAUAGAGUUGGCUGGUAUCAAUGCUGGUGGGAGGUAGUGGGUGCCCGAUGGAUUAGUCGACAUUCCGCCUAGUUGGCUUGGACACCAAAGUUCUGAAGAAGUCCAAGCCACCACCCUUGAAGAAAACUGUUAGUAAUGAUUUUGGGUGCAAUCCCUUUGUUAUCCAUCAGACAGCAAGUCCUUAGACCUGUAUAAGAGAUUUGUUGAUUCUUUCAAUCUUCUAUUGUUUUUGCUGGUGAAGUCUCUUAUCCUUUUUUUUGAGAUAAAAAAAGUCUCUUAUCCUUACUAAGACUCAAGAAUCUCUUUCCCAAGUGGGGAGGGGAAUACUAAUAAAGAAGACUAUCUAUUCUGUUACUAUCAGUAAGUACACUUUUUUUUGGUGUGUGUAUCUUCAAUCAUCAGUGUUACUUUUCCUUGUUUCUUUAUGAUAGUACAUUUUCUGUUCAGCCUCUGUAUGCCCCUGGUUUUCAUAACGAUGGAUUGGGGCAUUUCCUGUUAGAUAUCUUCUUCUUUUGUUUUGGCAAACAAACAAAUUGUGUUGAUAGCAAGUGAGAUAGUUACAAAUCCAGCUAGGAACAGACCUCCAAGCUCUCAAAGGAAAACAAAACAGCUCUACUAUUCGAGCUUACAACAACAGGCUGUAGUAGCUAUGGGGUCCUGGAAAACAAUGCUUAAUCAAACCUACAGUCUUUACAUAAAGACAACAAGCAAGAUUGAAAGUCAUAGUAAGCAGCUACCAAUUAAGGGAGGCUUGGUAAUAUAGAAGCUAGUGUUGUCCCCCAUUUUGGCAGUUCUUGGCCUUUGAUGUGUAUAUGCAAAGCUACCUCUCUGCAUACUCUAUCAAUGUUGUAGUGGCCUGCUUUGAAUCUCAAGCCAUUCCUCUCUGUCCAUAUGAUAGCCACAACCAUAGCAACCACACUGCACAGGAUUGCUCCUUUGCCAGAUUCGGACAUAGCGCACAUAUUGGUCCAUAGAAGCUCCUCAUUCCAGUCCCCUACAGGUCUAUUUAUGCCCAGCCAGUUGAGCAGCCUAGUCCAUAACCACCUUGAUUCACCUAAAGUAUAAAUGAUCAAAAGACUCCACUGCUGUUGUGCAGAAGAUGCAAUCCGUAAGAACCUGGAUGCCAAACUUCUGAAGCCUUUCAACUGUGGCCAGUCUCCUCCAAGCAGCUUGCCGGAGGGUGAAUUUUCCUGUUAGAUAUCAGUUUUCUCAGUUUGUGUACGUGUUUCUUUUUCCCUAAUGUUGAUCCGAAAUAAUUAACUGUUCAUGAUGUAAUGCUAUGUAAUUAUGAAACACUAUGGUUUUGGCCCCAAAACUCCUUUUUCUUGAA